ACGGAAGACAAGCUGAUUGUCCGAUGUGUCAACCAGAUCCUAGAAGGAGAACAAGCUGCAGAAAAGAGACUUAAAGUUGCCAAGCAGGGAACCACUAUUGCAGGUAACCCUGGUAUUUAUCUGCCUAUAAUUUCUUCCUGUCAAUAAUAUGUAGUUUUUUCCCUAUUAUAUUACGGUAAAAAGUAGGUGACCAUGGUAACCAUAUCUGUAUUAUAUAAUAAUCAAUACAUGUAAAUAGUGUAGUUGUGGGGUGUUUUUGGUAUCGUUUGCAUUAUAUGUCGUCAUUAUAUUCUCUAUGUAUCGUGUUUACGUUGUGUCACCAUAGUUAAUGUUUAAUGCUACUACAGUGUAUUAUGCUUUGAAUGGCUGUAGAACUAGACACAGACAAAAUGUUUGUUGGCAGAGGCUAAGAAACAAGAACAACAUGAACAGGCACCAGAAAAAAGGACAAUAAAUGCCCAGAAAAUAAAACCAGGUAACCAUGGUAACAGUGAACCCUGAAGUUACAAAUAAGAUGAGAUAACCAAGGAAAAAGAGCAAAACUUGAAGUUACCAAAAAAGUCAGGUACCAUGUUAGCAGUGACCUUUAGGUUACAGAUUAAAUUAGGUAACCAUGGUAACAGUGAACCAUGAAUAUCCAUAUGCAGUGGAAACCAUGUAAUUCUUUUAUAAUUUUCAUGAUCUGUAACCAUGGCAUCAAAAGAAAGAGAUGUGGCGUAAAGCAAUAAUAAUUAUUGUUUUCAUUCCAAAGAUUCCACAUGGGUCCUGUGUAUGACCCUCAUGAACAAAUGAUCUUCCAAAUAAUACUGUUGAAAGAUGUUGAUGGGUAAUUUUCAGGAAAGCGUAUGAUAUGCGAGAGAAGAAUUACACGAUCUCUGACGAGAAAAGACAACAGCAGAAAAGCAGAUACUAAAGGACUAAGAAAAGGUCGGUCAAAAAAGACCAUGCCUCCAGCCAGGAAAGGGAAGAAGGCCAGGCCUACAACAGAAUACAGGGAAGAGGAGCAGACGGCUGCUGAUGGCUCGCCGACCACCUCUUCCAGUGACAAGUCCAGCAGCACUGACCGAGAUGCCCAUCUCGAGGUAUCCCUGUCCCCCAGAAGCUCCAGCUCCUACGGCCUCUCCUCCAUGUCCUUAGACAACAGCGUUGACUCCAGCAAAAUUGGUCUGAAAAUGGGUCAUGGUGAAGGUAACGCAGCAACGUUAAUGAAAGACUGGUUGGCAAAAUGUGGGCCCAGCAAAGAUGGGAAGGAUGUGAAAGAUGGUGAAGAUGUAACCAACAGAAGCCCCAUUACAGGUGAUGAAGGGGAGACCACUCAGUCGUCUGCUGAUGGGAGAUUGACUCCAACCUUCUCUGAACUCGCCAAUUCCAGAGAUGGACUGCACAGUGAUAUUUUCAACUCUGACAUCCCAUUCUCCCCCGCACCAUCUACUACUGACGCAUGUUCCAAUUCCGACCUGGAAAUAAUUUCUCUUGGGUCCACUGCUGGUGCAAAGUCUAGGGACACUUGGUCUCAGGAGUCACAAUGUGGAGGUCGUGACACGUCAUCCAAUGAAGGUCUGGACUCAAUAGACAAGUCAAAUGGCAAUAGUACUGAGUGUGACAAUGAGGCUAAGAAAUUAGACAUGGAUGUUGUGGAUAUUGCUGAAGAAGCUUCCGGUUCAGGAACUGCAUCUGCACCAUCAAACCCUGUCCCGAGUCACCAAAGUAUGAACACUACUGAAGAUAGUUCUGAGAAUGAAAGUGUCAUCGAUAUAUCAGAUAGUGUUGAUAGUUUAUCUGACAGUGUUAUUAACAUCAAUGACACACCAAGAAGGAAGGACAGUGGUGUUAUAGACAUUUCUGACAUUGUUGAACUGGAGUCACCGAGGCGGCUACCUCAGUUGUUGGACUCUGGGUUCAAUAGCUCUCGAAAGGUUUGUCAAUCGGAAGACAUGCCGAUUGACCCGCUUGACCUUAGUGUGACAGACAUGGAUGAUACAGACACUAGCAUCACUGAAGAAGGUGCAGGUGAUCAGGCGGAAUUAACAUCUGUAGACAGACUCCAGACAUCUGAUUCUGUGACCAAUCAGAUAAGACACGAACACGUCACUGACAUACCCGCUAUUGCCACUUCUGAAGUCGUAAAGGCUGUAGGCCUUACUACAUCAAAGCAGAAACCUUGUGGUGCGAAAGAAACUAUGGGCCUAAGCGACCAUGUUUUGGUCUCAGAUAAUAUGGCAAUGGAGCAGGAUGAUCAAAAACAAAUUGUCAACAAACAGAAUAAAGUUGCUGAAUUUUCAAAGACUAAAGGUAAACAUCCAUCAUGUGUCACAGUAGAUUCAGAGUCAGAAUCCGAGUUUUACAUCAGUUCCUCUGAGUCAGAUGAUCCAGAGGAUUCCAGUGAGCAGACGCUGUCUGCUUCUGCGUCUGCUUCUGCGUCUGCUUCUACUUCAGUGUCUGUGUCUGCUUGUGCAUCUGUGUCGGUGUCUACAUCUGCGUCUACUUCAGUGUCUGCUUCUUUGGGGACAAAUUCCAGGCAGAACAUUGCUGUUCAGAUAGCUCAGGUUUCAUCAAGUUCCCCAGAUGUUGUAUAUCUUGGGAAACAGAAAGCUGUCCCAACUCCAGUCCCUCCAGUAAUUUUAGGCAAGACAGUGACAACUUGUGACACUGGGAACUAUAAGGAAUUAAAACAUAAAUAUCACAGGAUGAAAAAUGUAAGGAAACAACUUUUGUCUGACAAAAGUAAGGCAGAUCCUGUUUAUUGUAAAAAGAUUCAUGAAACCUGUGAGCAGCUAAAAAAGGAAAUAAGAAAAAAGAAACAUGACCGACGGAAAAAGGUAGAGCAAUAUAUUAAAUCUUUAAAAGUGCACAAAAUUGAUAUAGUUGAUGGUUCAACUUUGCGGGUCACUAAUACAAAGACUGACAAACCAGCUGUCAGAAGAACCACUUCUGUCUCACAUCCUACACAAGCACAUCCAACAAAUAAUUCCCAAUCCAGUUCUGCGCUGUCUUUUAUGAAAAUAAUAGGAGAAGCUAGAAAACUUCUUACUGGAAAAGAUAGCACAGAAUCAAUUAAGGAGAGACAAUCUUCACAAAAUUCACUCCUGCCUCCAAAUUUGUCACUCAGCACUGCUGUGACAACAUGCACCACCGUCGCCUCAAACCUGUUCAGUGCCUUACUACCUCGGAAUGUGUGAAUCCAUCACUGCCCAAUUCUGCGUCUGCAACCAAAGGACCUAACAUGGCUACAGCCACCACAGGACCUAAAGCGCCAAAAGGUGCCAAACAUCCGGUGGGUCCUGUUGCUUUAGCUGUCAGCUCUGCUUCUCC